UUCGGAGUUCGGACUUAUUUACAAUAGUUGGCGCGGUUGCACAAGUUUUAAAAAACUUGCGAGAUUUUAAACCUCUUCUCCAUUAUAACUAAUAAAAAUACUCAAGGUUACAAUGUUGUGGCCGGCCGCUGCGGGCGAGUUCAUCGCUAAAAACGCACAGCACGUCAAGAUACAUGAAGAGGGACUUGAUAAGCUGUGUAAAGAGAUGCUAAAAGGCCUAGACAUCCCCAAAACUGGCGCAGACAUGAUCCACCCCUCCAAAGACCACCCUCGCGCCGUCGACUGGGUGUUUGUCUGUGACGCGCUCAACUUUUGCUUCUGGUCGUACUCCGGGGCGGAGAAGUGGACGGUGGACGGGCAUUCGGGGUAUUAUGCUUUGGAGGCAGCGUUGCAUAGAGCUAUUAAGGAAGGCCUCGACAUAACAAACCCUGAAUACUACUCCAAAAUCACCGCAGACGAGCUCAACCACAUCAUGAGAGGCGACAAUUCCGUCCAAAUCCCACUCUUCAACGAGCGACUAUCCGUCCUUCACGAAGUCGGCACAAUCCUACUUCAAAAAUACGAAGGGACUUUUAAAACUUGCGUCAAAACUGCUAAUAAGUCCGCUGUGAAAUUACUUGAGAUUGUAGUCGAGAAUUUCCCAUGUUUUAAAGACGAGGCUACAUAUAAGGGCCAAAGAGUUGGUAUAUAUAAAAGGGCGCAGAUUUUAGUGGCUGAUCUUUGGAAUUUCUUCGACAAGGAAGGGUGGGGAGAGUUUGAGGAUAUUGAUGAGAUGACGAUGUUUGCUGAUUAUAGGGUGCCGCAGGUGCUGGUGUAUUUUGGGGCGAUGAGUUAUAGCGAGGAGUUGAUGGAGAAAUUGAAGAGAGAUGAACUCCUUCCAAGCGGCUCUGAUCAAGAAGUAGAAAUCCGCGGCUGCUCCAUCCAAGCCGUGGAACUUCUCAAGAAAAAGCUUUCUUCUAGCACGAACCUAGAAGGUUCUAGAAAGGACUUGAACUCUAGCUAUAUAGACUAUUAUCUGUGGUGCUAUCGGCGCAAGUAUGCUGAGGAUAUGGAGAAAGUACCCUUCCAUAAGACGCUGGGGAUAUAUUAUUGAGGUAUCA